ACCUGAGUUGACAGUGCAUGCUUUACUGGGGGAUCGGUACCUGGCUGGCGAUGAUGCACCGUCUGUGUGGCGGAGGCGGCGGAAGCUCCCUUGUCUCGGCGUGCCUUCUCUCCGUGUGUCAAGCCUUAAGGAGGUGCGGGGAGGUCCAAUGCGGCGACGGCCAGCAGUGCUGCCCGCCCAUGGUCACCGGGAACAGCAGUAGCAGCAGUAGUGGUGGAGGCGGAGGCACAUCAGUCCGCUGCUGCAAGCUCCCCAUUCACAUCUUCUUCGACAACGUGGGUUGGUUCACCAGGAAGUUGUCUGGAAUCCUCAUCCUGUUGCUGCUCUUCGCCAUGGGCUACUUCAUUCAACGGAUUGUCUGCCCGCGACCACGCCGGAACCAGCACCAGCAGGACCGCGGGGAGGACCCCUCCCUCUUCAGCGGGCAAACAUCCGCGUCGCAGGACUCCCUGCUGGACCGGUACCCCGAGUGCACCCCGGUGGGCAUCGCCUCGCCCAACCUGCCCGCCUACGAUGAGGUGAAGUAUUUACCUACGUACGAGGAGAGCAUGCAGGAGAUGCACCGGGACCGGUCCGAUAACAACUUGCUGGACGAACACGAGAGAAGUGGUCCGGGCAGAGGGAGAGCUGCUGGCCCCGGAGUUGGCGAGCAGAGACUGGAUGUUGUCGAGGCACAGCAGCACAGGACGUCUAGGAACUCUGUCUGAUAGAAAGCACAAGGAGAUAAUAUAUUAAUUUCUUUUUGUAUUAUUUGAAUGAUCAGGGUGAUAUCUUACAAUACUCUCAAGUGCAAUUUUAAUACCGAAUAUUGACAAUAAAAAGGCGGUGAUAUGACAAACACUGGGGACAGCAAAGGUCAGCAAAAUGGCAUUAAGUUUUUCUAGAGUGGUGGCUAUCACGUUUUCAUUUUGUUUCUCAGGAACCUAAAAGGGGGAGCAGAAAGAUAAAUAUUCAUAGAAAUAUCCUUCAAAAAUAGAUCAAUUUCUCCUGUAACUGACCAUUUAAAACUUUUCCGUACAUCUUAUCAUGCUAAAAAGAGGUUGUCAGGGAUCAUUAUUUAAAGCUGAGGGAUGUUAUUACCUUCAUUCAUGCGUGGCUGCUGAACCUUCAAGGCACCUUGCAGGAACAAAUGUGAACAUUCUGAUUUGACUCUGAAUAAAUCAGUCUGUUUCAAGGUUAUUUGUAUAAAACUUGGUCAGGAUUUGUUUUUUUAUGAAGGUUUUUUUUUUUAAUUCCAUGAUUGUGACAGGUGUACAGUACAGUAUAGGACAUUUGCGUUAUAUGCCUACACUCUUCACCGAUUUGGUCCCACUGAUUCCACACUGCACAAAAAGGGCAUAAAAUUAAAAAAUAAUAGUAAAGUUAGUUCUGAACUUUUUUAAAAUACUUGAUGUGGAUAUAUCACUAUGCAGUUAUAACUGUGUGUAACAUGAUUUUAAGGGGUAUCGAAUGUGAAAUGACCUUUUUUGUAACAAUGCAAUUUAUUAUGGCCUUAAGAGUAUACAAUGUAGUUAUCUUUUGAAAUUUUUAAUACAGCUCUACAUCGUUAGUUUGUGCAGUCGCUCUGUUAAAGGUGCAAGGAAACAAGUGAUGCACAAAAGUAUGAAACCGUGCACAUGAUCAUGCACUAAUGAAUACAUCAUGGUUGUUAUUCUUCAAAGUUCACACAUUUCUAUGAGAUGUUGAGCUAUUAAAACCCUAACAAAACACAUAAAAAGUGCAUUUGCCAAUUAUAGGCCAUGCAGUCAGUUUUCACAGAAGCUAUACAAAGAGUGUGACUGUGGUGGCACAUGUAAUCCAACACUGACCGACCAUGACUGAUGGCUUUACCAGAGAGAAAUCUGUGGGUGGAUUGAGUUAGCACUUAGAGGCGUUACAUCCAUGUUUGAAACCCACUUAGUGCUGGGUGAGAGGAGGAGGGUGAACGACCCCAAGUGGUGGAGGUCAUUUUAUGAGCAUAAGGUAAGCGUGAAGAAGUGUGAAUGUUGAGUGACAACAUCACACAUAUACUGUACACACAUACUGUGUAUCGUAUGCACACGAGCCUGAUAGCAUGCCAUCACCCUGCAAGUCGCCUAACAUGACAUUUUAAUAAAGGGUCAUAUCAUGGCAGACACCCCCGUGUGGGAGCAGGAGGGCAUACACACACCCAUUAGGGCUGUUAAAUGAAUAAAAAAUGUAAUCAGAUUCAUCAGUUUUCUAAUUAAUUCAUGACUAAUCACCAUUCAUUCUAUGUCUGAAAUAUGCCAAUUUUUACUGUAUUUAAUUUAAGAAAGAUAAAUGACAGGACAGGAUUAUAUAUAUUUGUAUGUAUCAACAGCUACAAAUGAAAGGAAUAUGUCAAACAAGCUAAAGGACACCACAAAAGUCUAAAAAUCUAUUUGCCUAACAUUAGUCUCUUUAAUAGUAGCAGAACAUUUGAAUCACACUUUAAACCGUGUUAUUAUGACCAAUGAGGGGUUGCAUUCAAUGACAUCACGUAAUUUAAGGCAAACUUGUAUUUUCCAGCAUACUUAAAUGUAGAAAAUUGUACAUCUGAAUUAAGAGUUACAAAGUGAGUGAUAAUAAAAUCCACUUCAUGUUU